UAAAUGUAUAAAAGGAAAGGAAGAGCUACCCCACACGGCGGCUCCAGGGAGAGCUACAAUCUUCGCCCUCGGCUUCCCCUUUCCUCCCCAGACAUCAAUCAAUAGGAUGUCGAAUCCAAACACUACUAAUUCUUCCUGGGAAACUGUUUCUCGGAUCCUUACGGAACACGAAUUACCCUUUUAAUCUCUUUUGGGUUUUUGACUUCGAGAGACAACAGCCAAUUGCACAAACCUUAAGAAAACGUUACACGGCAUGGAAACCGAGGUUUCGAGUUCGAUACCGCCGUCAACUGUGGAUAUAGAGGAGAGAAACAAGGAUCGGGUGCGCGUGAGGAGAAAAACCUUGAAGGUAGUGCUGGAGCAGUGCCAGAGAGCUCUUGAAUUGCUAAAUAACGCUGACGGAGUUGACGAUGACGGGGAUACCAGCGGAGAGGAAUCCAAGGAAGUGGAGUCGUCGCCGAGCCAAGACAGCUCAUCAACUUCCCUUGGCGAUCAAGAAGCCGAUGAGUUAUGCGACCUCCUCAAAUCGAGAGUUGAAUGCCCUGACUUCCUUGAGAAGCUUGAGUGUGCUCAGCUCUCUGUUUCACAAAACAUUACUGAAGAAGGUAGUUCUUGGGACAUGAUCAGUGAAAAUGAUCUCUGGGAAGCUGAAAUUGAUGAAUCAGAUCAGGAAGAUUAUGUCCUUGUGCGGGAAGAAGAUAUAGUAGAGGGUAUCGCGUGCUUCAUGGCUGCCUAUUUGUUGUCUCUUAAACAGACAAAGGAUUUGGCCCCAACGCAACUCCAGGAGGCCCUUAGCAAGACAUUCUCCGUAAAAAAGAAAAAAGGAAAGCUUCGGAAGGCAUGGGAUGGAAGCAAAGUCAUUUAUAAUGUAGCAUCUUGGGGAGCAACUGCCAUUGGGUUAUAUCAAAACCCUAUACUCUUUGGGGCUGCCUCAAAAGCCUUCUGGACUUCCUGUCAUGUUAUCUCCAAGCUUCUCUGAUGUCCUUGGUACAUGUUGGGAUCUACUGUUGUAUUCAUGCUUGUGCUGCCAUUGCAGCUUGGAGUUUCACCUGUGAGCCAUUCUUUUCAUGCUACAGACGAAUUGAUUUCCCUGACAUCAUUUAAUCUGUAAAUAUUCUUCCUUGUCAAGUAUUUCCAAAUGCCAAUUCAAAUUCAUUGGUAAGAUGAGAUCUUGUUAGUUGUCCCCUGGACUCCCCUUCCAAACUGCACAAUUGGGUUUAAUGAACAGAAAUGUAUCUACGGUGUUUCAGUUGGAAAUUAUGAAUUUUCAUUUUCCAUA